AUGAAGGGUAAACGAUCAUCACCGAAUGCAGUUUGGCCACAACCACAGCACAGCAAUAUUUCUAUCGAUCUGUUGUAUAUUCGUCCGAAUGAUCUUGCAGUGUAUUCAAAUCUGCAAACAUGCGAUAUUAUCGGAAAAGCUAUUGAAAGAUAUAAGCCUAUUUUCUUUCCACCAACACUCACGAUGAAUCAGCCAUCGGCAAGUAUGGAGAAUAUUUUGCAAAACUUAACAUUGAAUAUCAAAGGUAACAUUCAAUGUGAGAAACAUAUUGAGCUCAAUUCAAAUGAAGCUUAUAAUUUAACCAUCAAACAGAAAGUUGCUUUAGUCGAAGCAUUUACUGUUUGGGGUUUAUUACGUGGUCUAGAAACAUUUUCACAAUUGAUCUAUAUCAACGAACAAAAUUAUGUUGUAAUCAAUAGUUCAGUAGAUAUUAUUGAUAGUCCUCGAUUUCGUCAUCGCGGUGCUAUGCUUGACUCAGCAAGACACUUUAUACCAGUAUCGAUAAUUAAAAAGAAUCUCGAUGUCAUGUCAUACAAUAAAUUCAAUGUAUUUCAUUGGCAUCUUGUCGAUGAUCAAUCAUUUCCAUUUGAAAGCAAAACAUUUCCAAAUCUUUCACGAGCGGGUGCCUUUUCUCCGGAUCAUGUUUACACACCAGCUGAUGUAGUAGAUAUUAUUGAACAUGCACGAUUACGUGGUGUUCGUGUUAUACCAGAAAUCGAUACGCCUGGUCAUACAUAUUCAUGGAGUAAAUCCAUGCCUGAAUUGAUUACUGUUUGUUGGGCACAUGGAAAGCCUCGUCAGGCUAUUUAUUCAAUUCAAGGUGAAACGGAAAUAUUUAAUCCAAGCGAACCGAAAGUUUAUUCAACGAUGGAUGCACUUCUUCGAGAAGUUCACGAUCGAUUUCCUUCAAAUUAUAUUCAUCUCGGUAUGGAUGAAGUUUAUGACAAAUGUUGGCUUUCGAAUCCAAAUAUUCGUCAAUGGAUGGUUGACAAUAAUAUUCUAAGCACAAGAAAUCUUCAUAGAUACUAUGCCGAUCAAAUAUUAAAUAUAGCACGUAAUAUUAGUGUGACACCAAUUGUUUGGCAAGAUGUUUGGGAUGAACACGUCAAAUUACCACCAGGUACUAUUAUUCAAGUAUGGAAAGAUUCCAGUGAUAAUAUUGAGUUUAAUACAUGGGCUUCAUAUUUAAAUCGAGCAGCAAACGAAGGUUAUUAUGUUAUACUUUCAAGUCCUUGGUAUAUUAAUUAUAUUGGUUAUGGAAAAUAUAAUACUGAUGCAUCGGUUAUGAAUUUGGAAUUUUUUAAAUACUACGAAGUUGAACCACUCAAACAAUUUUCUGGAUCCAAUGAAGCUCGAGAGCGAGUUCUUGGCGGAGAAGCGUGUCUUUGGGGUGAAUUUGUUGAUGGAACAAAUUUACUUUCACGUUUCUGGCCUAAAGCAGCUGCUGUUGCCGAACGCUUAUGGAGUCCGGCACAUGUAAAUAAUUCUGAAGAUGCUCAAUUUCGAUUGGAUAUUCAUCGAUGUCGUCUUUUAAGACGAGGAAUACCAGCUCAACCGAUUCUCAAUGGUUAUUGUGGUAACUAUGAAUCAGGCAUGUCAAAGUCAAUGAUUCAUCAUCCAUCAUUCAAUUACGAUCAUCCAAAACCAAUUGAAACGACGGUAGUACCGUUUGAAAAAAUCUUUGCUAGUCUAUCUUCAACAUCAUCGAAAAUAUGCAAUAAUAAAGUUUCUCAUGUCGUUUAUUUAUUACUAGCAUUAUUUUAUGUAUGUUACUCUCGUAAAGAAUGA